UAUGCCAUCGGCAUCACGCCGGCAUAUUGUUGUUCUUGUCAGUCGUUCCGCAACCUGUUCCUGGUUAUAUUCCUUAGUUACAGUGAAUUCUUCUUUAUUACAGUCGAAAAGUGAAUUGAAGAUGUGUGGUAUUUGGGCAUUGUUUGGGAGUGAUGUGGAUGUCCACAGACAUCUAGGUAGUGCAUUAAAGAUUGAACACCGCGGUCCUGAUUCGUUUCGGGUUGAGAGCAUCCCAAAGUUUAACAACUGCUGUCUGUGUUUUCAUCGUCUGGCCAUCGUUGGUAACAUUUUUGGGAUGCAGCCGCUCCGCAUCAAUGGAUUCCCUCAUCUCACAUUGCUCUAUAAUGGAGAGAUCUACAACUAUCGUAAGCUGAGUGAGGUGUAUGGUUUCCCAAUGCAAAGCAGUGUUGAUGGUGAGAUUCUUCUACAUCUAUAUAUCAGAGGAGGUAUAGAGUAUGCAGCUUCAAUGGCCGAUGGUGUCUUUGCUAUGUGCAUUGUUGAUACAGCAAACAGACAGGUACAUCUUGCCCGUGACACCUAUGGAGUGAGACCAAUGUUUUAUCUUGUUAACGAGGAUGGAUUCAUGGCUUUGAGCUCAGAGGCUAAGGGUCUCCUUGGUUUAUUACAUGGCUGUGAUGACCGUGAUGUCACAAUCAGACCCUUUCCUCCUGGCCAUAUCCAGAGCUUCAAUCUCCUUCCUAGUGGUAAGGUAUCUCCUUUAGAACUCAAGCUAUUCCAUUCCUUUGAGGAAACUCCAAAAUGGGCAUCAGUAGAGGGCAGCCUUCAACCAUCAGAUGAGGAUAUCCAUGCUAACAUCCGUGCUUUAUUCACUGAAGCAGUGAAAAAGCGAAUGAUGAGUUCACGUCGUAUUGGAUGCAUGUUAUCCGGUGGUUUGGAUUCUAGCUUAGUAUCAUCCCUUGUUAUGAAGCAGAUGGUUGCAUCAGGCAUGGAGUACCCACUUCAAACCUUCUCAAUUGGAAUGGAAGGCAGUCCUGAUAUUGUUGCAGCCAGAAAGGUUGCUACUCACAUCGGCAGUGAACAUCAUGAGAUAUCAUUCACUCCUGAAGAAGGUAUUGAAGCAGUUGAACAUGUCAUCAAAGCUAUUGAGAGUUAUGAUAUCACCACCAUCAGAGCUUCAGUUGGCAUGUAUCUGGUAGCACGUUACAUCAGCAAAGAAACAGACACCAUUGUUGUCUUUUCUGGUGAGGGUUCUGAUGAGUUAGCCCAGGGAUACAUCUAUUUUCACAAGCAACCUGAUGCAUCUGCUGGUGAUGAUGAGAGUAGGAGGUUGUUAAAGGAUCUAUAUCUGUAUGAUGUACUGCGGGCAGACAGGACCACCGCAGCUCAUGGCCUUGAGCUGCGAUGUCCAUUCCUUGAUCACCAUUUCACCUCCUACUUCCUGUCCUUGCCAAAGGAAAAACGAUGUCCAAAGAAUGGAAUUGAGAAGUACCUAUUCCGUAAAGCAUUUGAUGAAACUGAUCUCUUACCAUCAGAGAUCUUAUGGAGACCUAAAGAAGCCUUCAGUGAUGGAGUAUCAUCCAUUCAGAAGUCAUGGUAUGAGGUCCUACAAGAACACAUUGAAACCCAGGUGACUAACAGUCAAUUAGAGGAUUCUCCAAAGCGCUUUCCCUUCAACCCUCCCCGCUCCAAGGAAGCAUAUUACUACAGACAGGUGUUUGAGAAAUACUACCCUGGACGAUCUGAUUGGAUACCUUACAUCUGGAUGCCAAAAUGGACUGGUGCAACUGACCCUUCUGCUAGAACCCUUAAACAUUAUAAAGAAUCAGAAGUUAGUGACAAAGAACCAUUGGAAGCACAGUAGAUUGCCAGCCACUCUUUUUGGAAAGGCUGGAUCCGACAUUGUAGGACUAUUAUUGAGGAGAGAGAUCAUGUAUUGUAUUGUGUUCAAAACACAUUUGACUUUGUAAGUGGUAGUUUAGACUCCUAUGUUGUAAAUAAUUUACUUCAUGAAGGCUUAUAAAGCUAAUUAAUCUAAAACUGAUUAUGUCAUUGACAAAAUGGGAACACUAAGAAUCACAAUCUUUCAAUUGAUGUUAAACGUUGAUUUGUGUCGUAUUGCUUGAUUUAUCACAUGGGUGUUAUUUAUCAGAAGAAAUAGAUUUGUGAUGAAUACUAAAAAAUUGGGGUGGGGGUUCAGUGGGGCUCCAUCCCCACACAUUUAUUUCCAAAAUUGUGUAAAAAUCAUAGAAAUUACCAUCUGAUUGUGAUUUUUUUUCCAUGUUUAGGUCCCCCUCCUAUUUUGGGGGCUUAGCCCACCCUCAUUUUCAAUACCGUUCCAUGACCACUGCAUUGUAAGUUAAGAUGGGUUUGGUUUCGACCAUUGAUGUGUUUUGGAAUAAUGAUAGAUGCUUAGAUGUAUAUAGUGCAUAGUAUUCUACAGAAUGUCUAUGUGCUUUACAAAAGAGGUAAUUAAGUCUAAUACAGGUAUACUUACAAUAAAAAUACAUAAAUACUAAAUGAAAGAUUAACAAAACAUUUUAACAUA